GAGUAUUGCUUCCCACAAGUCUUUGAUCGUGAAUAUCUGAAGCACUUCUAUCACCGAGCCAAAAAGGUCAAUUUCGACGUGAACCGCUACAAUGAGUUAUGCGACCAGCUAGGGGAGCUCAAAAGUGAUCUUCGUCGGCUGCGCGACCCUUUGUUAUGUCAGCUCCCUCUUCAACAAACGAGCCUGCUGGUACCAGAACACGUUCAUGAUAGCCUUGCUAGGGGCCUGCCACGAUAUGCACAGGAUGAUCACCUUGGCCAACCCUCCACUCGUUGCUUCUCCACUAGGGCGCCUCCAAUUCCAUUACCCCCUGACUCUCCUGCUUCCCUUUCCACUCCACAUAUUACUGUUCCUCAAAGCCUUUAA